CUGUCGCUGCUUGAGGAAAAAAUUGUACCAAAGUUUGAAUAUUAUUUUCGACCUUAGAAACCAAACGUAGCAGAACCGUGUGAAAAGCUGAUAUUAUAAAUGAGUGGGACAGUAUCAACGGUGCGGAAGAAAUAUCCCCUUUGCCUAACCUGACUUGCAGUCCGGUGCUUGCAAAACAGAUUGAAUGUGUUAACCUUCUCAGCAGACGGUGUGCUUGGUGUCCGCAUUUAGUUACAAAUCGCCGGCACGCUAUUUUGUGUUCUUUGGUUCUAGCGAAUUCCUUGUAGCAAGAACUGACUAUCCAGCUACGUAAAAAAAGUCUUGUAAAAUUAAGUCUAGUUAGUCAUAAGUGGCAGACAGGUCAUGUAGGUCAUAACGCCAAGAAGAGAGAAAAGGAUUCUAGCGAAUGCUCCUGGCGUCGGGAAGGGAAUUGCCGGUACCAGGGUGUGAGUUGUGCGACAUAUAGUGCUUGCGGCAGCGUUGGUAUUUGCUCUCCAUCUUAGCAGCAGUGACUACAGGCGGCGAUGGAUUACCACAACAUAUUGAAUAUUGCCAAGCAAAAUGCCGAAAGUGCAAAGACGUCCAAGGGGGGACGCCCUCACACAGCCAGUUCAACCCCCCUGGCAAAGGUUACACCAGAGAAAAAGGUCUUAUCGGAGAACAUUAAAAAAUUUCUCGCCAAAAAGGACGAAGAGGAACGGCAGGCGGCGGCGGAAAAGCAUCUGAAGGCGCAGGAGCUGAUGGCCAAGCGCGGUGGCAAAGGUAAGAAAAAGAUCGAAAAGAUGCUGAAGGUGAUCAAGUCGGCGAACAAGUCGGUGCUGGACGAUGCGAACGAUGCGCAGGAAACCGCACUCGGUACUGAGAGUCUCGAGGAUGAUUACGGCUACACGUCCGCGGUCGCUUCACAGUAUUACGAGAAGAUGAUGGAUAAGUACAAGAACAUACCAACCGAGUCGAUGUUUACCGAGGCAAAAAAGCGUUGCAUGUCCAGUGAGGAAUUGGCACGCGCAAAGGCGCGUGUGAAGAACGCGAUCGUCAAGGAGCAGGAAGAGCAACAUGCACCACGUAGCAGAAAGUCACGCUGUUCCAAGGCGGAUGGUGGUGACGAUCGGAGCAACAUCGGUGCGGUUGUUGCGAUGACGGAGACAAAGCCACCGGGAAAGCGGGACGAUCCGAAGCAGACGAAGGGUGGUCCGAACGAAGAACGGCGAGUGGUGCGCAAACCGAACGUACCACCACCUCCCAACUUUUCCACCCUGCUCAAGAUCGCCGAAACGAAGCAGUUCGAACCGAUAAAGGUUGAGGUGGGUGCUGCAAAGAAGCGCCAAGAUGAUCGGCCUUUGACGAGCAAGGAAAGGAAGGAGUACGAAGAACGGAAAGCAUUCAUGGAGAUGAAGCGACUGCGCGACAAGAUAAAGCAGAAUGAAAGUCUGUCGGAGGAGGAGAAACAGCGACGUUUGGCACGGCUAGAUGUGCUGCGUGCGGCCGGCAAGCUGCCGGGGAUUCCACCCCUGCCGGCUACUUCGGUGUCUGCUAGGAAACCUCCAACCACCGGUUCACCGGCGGGAUCGACGAGCAUCUCUCGCACCGUGUUCAAAAUCCCCAAGCGUACUGAUGCGCCUUCGGCGGACCCACCCAAAAGCGCUUCGAACGCUGAAAAGCAGGUUGUAGCAAAAACAGCGCCAUUACCAACACCAGAGCCAAAAUCGAAACCCGUUGUUGGUGCUACGAAACCAACCGGAAGCGGAAUCCAAAAGACUACCUCUGCACCAUCGAGUGCAUCAUCGACCACCGCAGUGCGAACCUCCACCAAGCAGCCAGCACAACCAUCCGGUACUACAAGCACGCCUCAAAAAUUGUCUGUAUCAUCCUCCACAUCGUUAAAUGGUAAGACGAUAUCGCCGGCGGUACAAAAACCAUCCGUAACUAAUGGGAAAAUGCUCCCCGCGUCCGGUCGACCUUCGGGCGGAACCGUUUCAACGAAGCAACCGUCCAACGGUAAACAACUACCGGCUGUGAACCAACGAUCUACUGCACCGACCAAACGCCCACCACCGGAACCGGUCACUCAAACGCGCCAAUUCCCACCGCCGGAUGUGCAGCGGUCGAUCAAGCGACGAGACUCUUCGAUGCCGUAUGCUGGUGGGCGAACGACGCACAAGAAGCAACGCAUUAUCGACAGCGACAGUGAGUACGAUAGCGAGAUGGACGAUUUUAUCGACGAUGACGACUGUGAGGAGGACUAUUCGUCCGCGAUAAAGGACAUCUUCGGUUAUGACAAAUCACGAUACAGGGACGAUUGUUAUGAUGACGACGACGAUAAUAUGGAGUCAUCGUACGCGCAACAAAUGCGUGAAGAGUACAUCAGCAAGAAGAUAGGGAUCCAGGAGGAUCUGGAAGAUAUGCGCGCGGAGGAGGAGGAGAAGCGGCGCAAACUAAUGAAAAAGAAGGGUUCUGCACCGAAGAAGAAGUAGAAGAGUAUGUUAUUCUUUGCCCCCGCAAAUGGCAUAGAUUUUAAGUGUAUCAUACACGAAAACACACGUGUUGCAAGUCGCCCGUGAUUAGUUAAGGAGAAGAUUUCGAGGAACGUUCCGCAAUGAUCUGACGUAUGUAAUAUGUCCAAAUUAGUUUAGCAAUUCAUACACGUAGACAGGCGGGGAAGGAGGGGGAGGGGUCGGUUCCUUUUUUUUACUUCUUUGCCUUUUGUCUUCCCUUUUUAACUUAUGCCGCGACUCACAUGCAUACUCACCGGAAAAAGUGCGGAAGAAACAUAUUUUUGUAUAAGUUUACCUUAGGAAUAAGCCUAAUUGUGAAGAAGGGUUUUAUGUAACUAGGUGGCAGUAGGAGCUGAUCCUGGCGGUUAUCUGAUGAUUGCUUGUAUUUUCUGAACAAAUGAGGUGUGGCAGACCCAAGCUGAGAUGGGAUGAUGGCGUUUAUGCAUCCGCCAGAUAGGGUGAGAUCUUGCCCUUGAAUGUGAGAGGUUUAGAGGAUUUUUGCAGUUUAAUCAAGAUCGCCAAAGGGCAAGCAUUUUUCAGAAUGUGUGUAUACAUUCUUGUCUGUUUAAGAAAUCGCAAGAAAGUUAAGAAAAUUUAUUUUUUACGGACUUCUGAAGUGAAUAUCUCCCCUUAAUUAAGUUCAUUAUUUCCAUUAUCCUUACUGGGUGUGAUUGAUUGUAGCCUUCAACGAAUCAGGCAACUAACGACCAGAUUUACCCAAAAUCUCAAACUCUUUUAACCGUUGUGCCUCCCAUACGCAGGAUUGAUCUAAUCAGCUAUGGGUUUAUACAAAGACAAACAUAAAACACAUCUAUUUUUCUGGACAUCGAUUUAAAUUGUAGACAGCUGCUCAAAAAUCGAAUCCGAAUCGUUCCCCCUCCAAAGCUGGAGCUGGCUAGCUGGUUGCGUGGCAAAUUUAAGUCUAGGUUAGAAUGUCCCAGUUGGUCCUUACGCCAAGAAACGCACCAUUCGAAAUAAGGCAGCCAGACAUAAUAAUGUGCACUGAUCUCCGAAAAUUCUCGUACUGCAUCAUUCAUCGAAGGGGUUGUAGUGUGUGUCAAAGUGUUAUUACUCGUGUUUUGUUUUAAUUUUCUUUUACUUUCCCUUGUAAUACACUUAAUUUUGGAGAGUGUGUGUGAUUCGAAAAUCCCUAGUUUAGAUAAUGUGCAUUUUUGUUUUGCUUUACGAAUAUUGUUUUCCCACACAUUAAACACUUGUUAGUAGUUUCGUUACUGUGCACGUUUACGGUUUACGUACGUACGUUUGCA